AUGCUGCAGUGUGAGCCGAGUCAAGUGAGAGACAAGAACCAGAUCUUCCGUCUCUUCUGCCACGAAUGUCAGCGAGUGUUCCACGACCGACUCAUCAACAACCAAGAUAAGACCUAUUUCAACACCAUCGUCAGUGAUAUGGCCAGCAAGUAUUUUAGCAUUAACUUGGAGACCUCAUACUUUGUGACUCAGCCCAUUAUAUUUGGGGACUUCAUCAAGGUGGGGGCAGAGAAACAAGAUCGUGUGUAUGAGGAUCUGACAGACAUGGAUAAGAUUCAGGCUAUUCUCCAGGACUACCUCGAUGAUUACAACAUGACCUUCUCCAAGGAGACCAAGCUGGUUUUCUUCCAGGACGCCAUUGAGCAUGUCUCCAGGAUUGCCCGUAUGAUUCGCCAGGAGAGAGGCAAUGCCCUGCUAGUGGGGGUGGGAGGUACAGGCAAGCAGUCACUCACUCGGUUGGCAGCUCACAUGUGUGGGUACCGUUGCUUCGAGAUUGAACUGAGCCGAGGCUAUAACUAUGACAGCUUCCAUGAGGACUUGAGGAGGCUCUACAAGAUGGCUGGUGUGGAGGGCAAAGAUAUGGUCUUCCUCUUUACGGAUACUCAGAUUGUGGUGGAAGAGUUUUUGGAGGAUAUCAACAACAUGCUGAACUCUGGCGAGGUGCCCAACCUCUUUGAGAAAGAUGAGCUGGAACACAUACUAGCUGCCACCCGCCCUAAAGCCAAAGAGGCUGGAAUCAGUGAGGAGAACAGGGACGAGGUGUUUCAGUUUUUCAUCUCUCGUGUACGGGAGAAGCUUCACAUUGUGCUGUGUAUGAGUCCCGUGGGAGAUGCCUUCAGGUCCCGCUGUCGUAUGUUUCCCUCAUUGGUCAACUGCUGCACCAUUGACUGGUUCGUGCAGUGGCCUCGUGAGGCGCUGCAGUCUGUCUCUGAGACCUUCUUCCAGAAUGUGGACUUUGGCAGUGAGGAGUUGAAGCAGAGCUUCUCGACCAUGUGCGUGGAGAUACAUGUUAGUGUCACUGACAUGGCCGAGCGCUUCUAUUCAGAGCUGAGACGCCGAUACUACACCACGCCUACCUCCUACUUGGAGCUCAUCAACCUAUACCUGUCCAUGCUAGAGAAGAAGAGACAGCAGCUAGUGCUUGCCAGGGACCGUGUGAAGAACGGUCUGACCAAACUGCUGCAGACCAAUGAGCUUGUGGACAAAAUGAAAGUGGACCUGUCUGAUCUGGAGCCAAUCCUUAAACAAAAAUCCAUAGAUGUUGAUGCCCUCAUGGAGAAACUGACUGUAGACCAGGAGAGUGCUGACAAGGUGCGUAAAGUAGUGAAAGAGGAUGAGGCUUUGGCCAAGGUCAAAGCUGAAGACACCCAGGCCAUAGCCGAUGAUGCGCAGAGGGACCUGGAUGAGGCUCAGCCAGCCUUGGACAGUGCCAAUCAGGCUCUUAAUUCUCUCGACAAGGCUGACAUCUCUGAGAUCAAGGUGUUCACCAAACCCCCAGACCUUGUCAUGACUGUCAUGGAGGCUGUCUGCAUCCUGCUCAACUACAAACCGGACUGGGCUGGUGCCAAGCAGUUACUGGGAGAUGCCAAUUUCCUCAGGCGCCUGACAGACUAUGACAAAGACAAUAUCAGGCCUCAGAUCCUGCAGAAGCUGCAGAAAUACAUCAACAACCCUGAUUUCUUACCUGAGAAGGUGGAGAAGGUAUCAAAAGCCUGCAGGUCAAUGUGCAUGUGGGUCAGAGCCAUGGAUCUUUACUCCAAAGUCCUCAAAGAAGUCGGCCCCAAGAGAGAAAAGCUGGCCAAGGCUCAGAUAGAGCAGGAUAUAACUAUGGCCACCCUGAGGGAGAAGCAGAAAAAGCUUCAGGAGGUGGACAACCAGAUCAGGGUCCUAAAGGAGCAGUUUGACAGCAGCAUAAAGGAGAAGGAGGAUUUGGUUAACACCAUGGCUCUGACACAGGCUCGGUUGACCAGAGCAGGGAAGCUGACUUCUGCUCUAGGUGACGAGCAAGUUCGCUGGGAAGAAAGUGUUGCCUUGUUUGAGAUGGAGAUCAUCAACGCAGUAGGGAAUGUCUUCAUUGCAGCUGCCUGUGUGGCCUACUAUGGAGCGUUCACUUCCCAUUAUAGACAGCUGCUAAUUGACACGUGGAUAAUACAGUGCCAGGACCUGAACAUCCCCAUCAGUUCCAGCUUCAGCCUGGUCAACAUUCUUGGUGACCCAUUUGUCAUCCGCCAGUGGAACACAGAGGGUCUGCCACGUGACACCGUCUCCACAGAGAACGGGAUCCUGGUGACCGAGGGCCGACGCUGGCCUCUUAUGAUCGACCCACAGGAUCAGGCCAACCGAUGGAUCCGCUCCAAGGAGGCCAAGCAUGGUCUAAAGGUGAUCAAGCUGACAGACCCCAGCUUUCUCCGUACCCUUGAGAAUGCCGUACGCAUGGGCAUGCCUGUGCUGCUAGAGGAGUUAAAGGAGACCCUAGAUCCAGCUCUGGAGCCCAUCCUAACGAAGCAGACAUUUGUGGCUGGUGGACGGACAUUGAUCCGACUCGGAGACUCAGAUAUUGACUAUGACAAAAACUUCAGGUUCUAUAUGACCACCAAGAUGGCCAACCCACAUUACCUACCAGAGGUGUGUAUCAAAGUUACAAUCAUCAACUUCACCGUGACCAAGACUGGCUUGGAAGACCAGCUGCUUAGUGAUGUGGUGCGUCUGGAGAGUCCACAUCUUGAGGAACAGAGGAAUGAGCUGAUUGUGCGCAUCAACGCUGACCGCAACCAGCUGAAAAAUAUUGAAGACCGCAUCCUUAAACUUCUCUUCACCUCUGAGGGGAAUAUACUUGACAACGAGGAGCUAGUUCAGACUCUCCAGGAGUCAAAGGUGACAUCAGAGACCAUAAAGCAUCGUCUGGAGGAGGCAGAGGCCACUGAGCUGAUGAUCAACUCUGCAAGGGAGUGCUACCGACCCGUAGCCACCCGAGGCUCAGUCUUGUACUUUGUCAUCGCCAGUCUCUCUGAGAUCGAUCCAAUGUACCAGUUCUCCCUCAAGUACUUCAAACAGCUCUUUAACUCCACCAUUGAGUCGUCAGAGAAGAAUAGUGUGUUAGAAGAGCGUCUCCAAACCCUGCUGGACCAGAUCCUGCUCAACUCCUACGUCAAUGUGUCCCGUGGCCUCUUUGAGCAGCACAAGCUAAUCUACAGCUUCAUGUUGUGUGUAGAGAUCAUGAAGCAGUGUGGCGAGAUCUCCGACGCUGAGUGGCAGCACUUCCUAAGAGGAGCUGCCGCUUUGGAAAAGACAUGUUGUGAGCUGGAGGACACGCUGCCCUGCUUCAAGGACGUCUCCAAGGAAAUCACCAGAACCCACAUCCACAUCAAGCUAGGACGUUUUCAAGCAUCCAUUAAUCCAGAGACCUGGGAAGGCUACGUGUCAGAGUUGCCUCCUCUUGGGGAGUCCGAAGAGGUGAAGCAGGAGAUCAGAGGUAACUGGAAUGAGAGGUUGGGGGCCUUCCAGAAGCUAGUCCUGAUCAAGAGCUUCAUGGAAGAGAAGGUGGUGUUUGCAGCAACAGAGUUCGUGAUUGUCAGCCUGGGGAAGCAGUUUGUUGAAAACCCUCCAGCUGACCUGGCGAACCUCUACAACGAUAUGUCCCCCUCCACACCACUGAUCUUCAUUCUCAGCACAGGAUCUGACCCUAUGGGUGCUUUCCAGCGCUUUGCAAAAGAGAGAGGCUGUCUUGACAGAGUUGAGUCCAUCUCAUUGGGUCAAGGCCAGGGGCCGAUAGCAGAGAAGAUGAUCCAUGCAGCACUGAAGAGUGGUAAAUGGGUCUUUCUGCAGAACUGUCACCUGGCUGUCUCCUGGAUGUUGGCCAUGGAGGAGCUCAUCAAGACCUUUGCUGAGCCAGACACAUCAAUCCACGAGAGUUUCCGUUUGUUUCUCAGUUCCAUGCCUAGCAAAGUAUUUCCUGUUACAGUGCUCCAGAACUCUGUCAAGGUGACUAAUGAGCCUCCUAAAGGCCUGCGAGCCAACAUGCGGCGGGCUUUCACAGAGGUCACCAGCGAUUACUUUGAAGACCACGUUCUGGGACGCCAGUGGAGGAAGAUCGUCUUUGGAAUCUGCUUUUUCCACGCAAUUAUCCAGGAGCGGAAGAAGUUUGGUCCUCUGGGCUGGAACAUCCGCUAUGAGUUUAAUAACAGUGACAGGGAGUCUGCUCUGCUCAACCUUAACCUCUACUGCAAAGAAGGCGCCAUCCCUUGGGACGCUCUCAUCUACAUCACUGGUGAGAUCACAUAUGGAGGCAGAGUGACGGAUGCGUGGGACCAGCGCUGCCUCAGAACAGUCCUCAAAGGCUUCUUCUCGCCUCAAACCCUGGAUCCUAGCUACACCUACUCCCCUUCAGGUAUCUACUAUGCCCCGGAGAUGGAUAAACUAGAGCAAUAUAAGAUGUAUAUUGAGAGUCUUCCAAUCAUAGAUGAUCCCGAGGUCUUUGGUAUGCAUGAGAAUGCCAACCUGGCCUUCCAGCGCCAAGAAACCAUGACCUUAAUCAACACUAUAUUUGAUGUUAAUCCUCGCUCAUCAGUCCAACAUGGAGCUAAAAGUAAUGAUGACAUAGUCUGCGAGCUGGCUGAAUCCAUCUUAGCCAAGCUACCUGAGCGUCUGGACAUGGACGAGGCGGUGGAAACUCUGUUUGUCCGCGACAAAAACGGCCGCCUCAACUCCCUGACAACGGUGUUGGGCCAAGAGGCAGACAGAUUCACCAACCUGCUGAGAGUGCUCAGGAUCUCUCUUGUCACUCUGCAGAAGGCCAUAGCCGGUCUGGUAGUGAUGUCAGAGGAGAUGGACCGCAUAUACACAAGCUUCCUGAACAACCAGGUUCCCACCCACUGGGCGAACUCAUCCUACCCUUCUCUCAAACCCCUGGCCUCCUGGGUCAGAGACCUGGCCCUCAGGACCUCCUUUAUCCAGACUUGGAUCACACAUGGUCAGCCUAAAUCUUUCUGGAUCUCAGGAUUCUUCUUCCCUCAAGGCUUUCUUACUGGGUUGCUUCAGAAUCAUGCCAGGCACUACAAUCUGCCCAUUGAUGAGCUCAACUUCUGCUUCAACAUGAUGCCAGUUUACAGAGACCAGGCAGCAGUCUGUGAGGCUCUUCGCACUCUGCGCAGCAACAUAGAUGACGAGUUACCAGAGCCACAGGACGGCGCACUUGUGCACGGCAUGUUCAUGGAUUCCAGUCGCUGGGACGAUGCGAACAUGGUGAUUAAGGAUGCGUUACCUCGAGUGAUGAACACCAUGCUGCCAGUGGUGCACUUUGAGCCCCAGCAGAACUACGUGCCUGAGCCUGACCUCUACCACGCUCCUCUGUACAAGACCUCAGCCAGAGCUGGGACUCUGUCCACCACUGGUCACUCAACUAAUUUUGUUGUGACAGUAAUGCUUCCCUCCAAGCAUCCCAGCGACUAUUGGAUAUCAAAAGCCUCUGCGCUCCUGUGCCAGUUGGAUGAUUAAGUUUUUAAACAUGGUCAAAAUUAAAUUUUAAAUGUGAUUAAAGUAAUAUAUGUUUGGAAAA